AUGUCAAAAUCAACUGAAAUAUUCUGUAUGUAAGAAAUUAAACUACUUUGAUGGGCUAAUACUAACAUUUUCUAGGUCGAUUACCUAAAAGUAUCGAAUUAAUACAAGAUUAUCAAGAUGUAACACCAUUACCAAAACCAAAUUUAGAAGUUCGAUGUGCAUUAUAUUCCUCAAAUGGUGAAAGAUUUGCAUACACUCAACCAAAUGAAGUAUUUAUAAUUGAUACUACAAAUAUUGCUAAAUUAUAUCAUUCUAUUAAAUUAGAUUCUGACGAAAUUUUUGAUUUAAAUUUUUCACCACAGGGUACUUAUUUAUGCCUUUGGUGUAAACCUGCACAAAUUGAUGCUGUAUGGAAUAAUAAUUUAAAAAUAUUCAACUUGGUAACUAAAACUUUCAUUGCUGAAUGGUCAGUACGUAAUCAAAAUGGUUGGAAACCUCAAUUUACAUCUGAUGAAUCAAUUUUUGCUCGUGGUGGUAUAAACAAUAAUCAACAAAUAUUCUUUUAUGAAAUCGAUCCAAAAAGUGAAGAUGUGAUAAAUAUAAACACUCCAACAUAUAGAUACAAGUCAGAGUUAAGUUAUUCAACUUUUCAAAUUUCACCAGGUAAAAAUCCAGCAAUUGCAAUUUUCAUACCUGAAAAAUCUGGUAAACCAGCAAAUGUAUCCAUAUACAAUAUCCCCAAUUUUAAUUCACCAAUUUGUUUUAAGAAUUUUUUUAAAGCUGAAAAAUGUCAAUUGAAAUGGAAUGUUUUAGGUACUGCUGUAUUAGCUUUAUCUUCAAUAGAUCAUGACAAACUGAAUAAAUCAUAUUAUGGAGAAACAAAUUUAUAUCUUUUAGGAAUUGCAGGUAAUUAUAAUUCUAGAAUUGAUUUAAAAAGAGAAGGACCAAUUCAUGAUAUUACUUGGUCUCCAACAGCUAGAGAAUUUGCUGUAAAUUAUGGUUAUAUGCCUUCUGAAACUACAUUUUUUGAUGCUAGAGGUAAUGCAAUUUAUUCAUUACCUGUUCCAUUACCUAGAAAUACUAUAUUGUAUUCACCACAUGCUAAAUUUGUAUUAGUUGCUGGUUUUGGUAAUUUACAAGGUCAAGUAGAUGUAUAUGAUCGUCAAAAUAAAUUUAAUAAAGUUGUUACAUUUGAAGCUAGUAAUACAUCAGUUUGUGAAUGGAGUCCAUGUGGAAGAUUUAUAUUGACUGCAACUACAAGUCCAAGAUUAAGAGUUGAUAAUGGAUUAAAAAUUUGGCACGCAAGUGGUAAAUUAAUAUAUAUUAAUGAAUUUAAUGAAUUAUAUUCAAUUGGAUGGAAACCACAAGAUUUAGGAAAAUUCCCACCAUUGAAGAUUUUGGAACCAGCUCCUGAAUCACAUGAUUCUGCUAAAGAAUAUUUGAAAAAGAAAGAAGGUGCGAAUGGAGCUAAUGCAGCACCAAAGAAAAUGGGGGCUUAUAGACCACCACAUGCUAGAAAUUCAAAUAGUUCAACAACUACCUCAAGUUCAUUACAACAAAGAGAAUUACAAAAUCAAAUUAAAAACGGUCCUCCUGGUUUAACUAGAACUAAAGUUGUUCCUGGUGCUGCUCCAGUUGUAGAAAAAGAAUCAAAAGCAGCUGCAAAGAAUAGAAAGAAAAGAGAAGCGAAAUCUAAUAAACAGGCUGAUGAAAAAGAAAAUAACGAUUCUGAUAAAACUUCAACUCCGGAACCUGUAAAUGGUCAAGGUCAAGGUGUGAUUGGUGGUGUUGCUUCAUUGGAAGAAAAAAAGAUAAGAUCAUUAUUAAAAAAAUUAAGAGCUAUUGAACAAUUAAAAAUGAAACAAGCAAAUAAUGAAACUUUAGAAGCUACUCAAUUAAUUAAAAUUCAAAAAGAAGAUGAAAUUAGAAGUGAUUUAUUAUCUUUAGGAUGGAAUGAAUAA